UGGUGCAAAAUAAAUAAAAAGCAAUAUAACGAUCAACCAUUUGUUGGCAAGUCUCCAGGCAGUGUAGCUAGCGCAAGAGCGAUGGCCACGUUGCCUUCACAAAACCUGCAAUCAGUGGGAGCUCUAUGCUUUUCGUCCCUGAAUUCUCCUAAAUUUCCAUCUCAAAUUCCUUCAUUAAAGUUUCCCUUUCUUUCCCCCAUAAAAAGAAAGCCAACCAAGCUUUGCACUAGCAACAAUGGCAUCAGCAACUCUCGCCUUGUCCCACGAGCCUCUGCCUCUGAAUUCAGCACAGACUUUGGUGACAUCCUCGGUGAUGUUAGCAUCUUCACCGCUUCUGGUCAGCCUGUCUUCUUCAAAGACCUCUGGGACCAAAACCAAGGAAUCGCUGUUGUUGCACUUCUGCGCCAUUUUGGAUGCCCUUGUUGCUGGGAACUUGCUUUAGAACUGAAAGAAGCAAAGGCAAGAUUAGACUCUGCUGGAGUAAAACUGAUUGCAAUUGGUGUUGGCACGCCUAAUAAAGCACGUAUGCUCGCUGAACGGUUACCAUUUCCAAUGGAUUGCCUUUACGCUGAUCCAGACCGCAAGGCAUAUGAUGUUUUGGGCUUGUAUUAUGGUUUUGGCCGUACAUUCUUCAAUCCAGCCAGUACUAAGGUGUUCUCAAGGCUUGAGGCCCUGCAGAAAGCUGUAAAAAACUAUACAAUAGAGGCCACCCCUGACGAUAGAAGUAGUGUAUUGCAACAGGGAGGGAUGUUUGUCUUCAAAGGGAAACAACUGCUAUAUGCGCGAAAAGAUGAAGGAACUGGUGAUCAUGCAGCUUUAGACGAUGUCUUUGAAAUAUGCUGCAAAGUUCCAGCAGCAUGAAAGCUGUGUUUCUGAAUUGUGUGCAAGCCUCGGUCCAAAAUCCUGAUAUUACCAAUUCACCUUCAAAAGUUCCAACAUCUGCUGCCAAGUUCUGGUUGCUUGAAAUGCUUUCUUUAGUGUUUACUUAGCGGUGAAAAAAACCAAGAAAUCAAAUAGUUCCGCAGCUAUAUGUCAAAAACCAAUGUCAAAUAUAUAGUUCUAUGCUAAUAAAACGAAUUGUGGGAACUUAGUGUGGCCUUUUGAAUAAUAAUUUUAAAUUUGAUUAUUCAUGCUUAA